AUGGGAUCUGUCCCUGAACAGAUUGUUGCUAUACAAGAAUUAAACACGCUUAUUGAACAAGCUUGGUCUGUGCCUAUUUACGGUCGAGAAGUAGCUUAUGGUUUAUGUGAUAUUUUACGCGAUGAUCAUGCUUUAGAUAUUAUUGUGAACUAUUGUGCCUCUCCUAAUAAGGAAUUGCUUCAGGCGUCUGCAGUUCUUUUAGAACAAACAUUAACAACUGGAAACCGAAUCCAAGUAGCAGACACUGGAUUAGAAACUGUUGUCAAAAUGACAGUGGAGACAAAAAAUGAUAGUAACUUAGCUAAAACUACAACAGGAAUCUUAGAAAAUUUAUUUAAAACUUCUGAAGACACUUGUUCGCGAGUGAUAACUCUGGGUGGUUUGGAUGUUAUCGUUCAUUGGUGUCGCUGUACAGAUAUUAUGAUUCUUAGACAUUGUGCAAUAGCUUUAUCAAAUCUUGCCCUUUAUGGAGGACCCGACAACCAACAGGAAAUGACAAAACAUAAAGUACCUGAGUGGUUAUUUCCCUUGGCUUUUAGUGAUGACGACAUUGUUAGGUACUAUGCGUGUUUAGCAUUAGCUGUUCUUGUUGCCAAUAAAGAAAUCGAAAUGUCUGUUUUAAAUUCUGGAACAUUGGAAUUAGUUCUUCCCUUCAUAGAAACCCAUCGUCCAGAUGAAUUCGCUCAAAUGGAUACUUUACAUCGUCAUGGGCGUUCAACAGGUUGGCUUAAACGUUUAGUGCCAGUUUUGUCCAGCAAACGUAUUGAGGCUCAGACCAUUGCUGCCUUCCAUUUCGCCAUGGAAGCUGGGAUAAAAGCUGAACAAGAGAGAAGAGAUAUACUAUAUGAUAUUGGUGUAAUAGAUCCUUUAAAACUAUUAGCAAGUUCCCCAAACAGCACUGCUUCCAGAUUAGCUGCUAAAGCUCUUAAAAUCCUUGGAGAAGAAGUUCCCAAGAAACUUUCUAAACAAGUUCCAUUAUGGUCUGUUGAAGAUGUCUCCCAUUGGGUAGCUCAGGUUGGGUUUGGUGAAUUUUGUGAAAGAUUUGAAUAUUGCCGUGUUGAUGGUGACCUAUUAUUACAAAUAACAGAUUUAGAGUUAGCUGAUAGUUUAGAUAUGACGUGUAGAAUAUCACAAAAACGAUUUUUACGGGAAUUAAAAGAGUUGAAGAUAACUGCUGACUAUACGUCAUGUGAUCCAAGCAAACUUUCUGAUUGGUUAGAUGAAAUUUCACCAUUGUUUUUACAAUAUGCCUAUAAUAUGUUAACUUGUGGUGUAGAUAGACAAUCUUUACCUUAUUUAACUGAAGAUCAUUUGAUGUCUGAUUGCAGCAUCGGUAAUGGUGUACAUAGAAUGAGGUUAUUAGACAGAAUCAAAAAAAUAAAUGGUGAUUUAACUAAUGGUUUGGAAUGUAUGAUGAAAAAUAUAGAUUGUUUUAUUAGUUAUAGACGAUCUAAUGGUUCACAAUUAGCAAGUUUAUUAAAAGUUCAUCUUCAACUGCGAGGAUUUUCAGUAUUUAUUGAUAUAGAAAGACUUACUGCAGGAAAAUUUGAUGAAAACCUAUUAAAGAGUAUUAAAUUGGCUAAACACUUCAUCUUAGUUUUAACACCUAAUGCAUUAGAUAGGUGUAUAGGUGAUAAUGACCAGAAAGAUUGGGUUCAUAAGGAAAUAACAACAGCAAUGGCUGGUGGUUGUAAUAUUAUACCUCUAAUGGAUAAUUUUGAUUGGCCAGCAGCAGAUAAACUUCCAACAGAUAUGAAAAGUAUUGUUUAUUUUAAUGGCAUUAGAUGGAUCCAUGAUUAUCAAGAUGCUUGUGUAGAUAAAUUAGAACAAUUUUUACGUGGACAAAUAAACGUUAAAACCCGAGGGAAACUUCAGAAAAUGGGCAGUCAGGGUUCGUUUGAUAAAGUAGAAUCUGACACGUGAUUGGUUUUAACUUCUAUUAAAGUGUGCUCUAUAUAUAGUGUGUGCUCCUGAUAACACCCUCUGUUUUAACUGUUCUGUUAAUGAUAGAGGUUUCUGUUCUUGAACAGAGAGUGAAAAGGCAGAAAAGCUUUUCAAAAUGAGUUGGAUUUCUUGGAUGAUCGUGGAUUCUGUACCAAAUAGAAAGUUUGGAAAAACAGAUUUAUUGAUGUAUUUUCCAUUAGGUAUUACUUACUUCUUUUCUGUGUGGCCAUAAAUUUACCACAACAAUUCCUAGGUGAUGGGGUUGUCCUCAUAGAAUCUUCAGGAAUUUUUGGUUUGAAAUUGAUGAAACACUUUGAUCAAAAUAUCUUGUAGGGCAUGAGAAGAAAUGAACAGUUGUUGAGCUAUAAUUGUGUUAUGUAAUCAGGAUACAUUUUAUGAUGGAGAGACAUGCAUUUUAAGACUUGUUUUCAGGAUACAUGAUCUGAAUCAAGAGACAUAUUAGAUCUGUUCAAUCAGGAUACAUGAUCUGAAUCAAGAGACAUAUUAGAUCUGUUCAAUCAGGAUAUCUGAUCUAUAAAAAUAUCCAUAAAAUGAACUGAACAGGAUGGGUGAUCUAUAGAAAUAUCCGUAAAAUGAACUGAUCAGGAUGGGUGAUCUAUAGAAAUAUCCAUAAAAUGAACUGAUCAGGAUGUGUGAUCUGUUCAAUCAGGAUAUCUGAUCAAGAGACAUUUAGUAUGAUCUGAUAACAAAAGAUUUAGCCUUGUUAAAUGGCAAAACAACUAUUUUCAUAUAUCGUUUUAAUCACUUUGUUAGUUAUUCUUUGUACCUAGCUGUCAUUUUAUUUAUUUUGAAUGUAAUUUCUACAUAUUUGUUAAUAUUCAUAACCAGUAUAAUAAUG